AGUAGUUAAUAUUCUGCGCUUAUGAUAAGAAGGUGUUGAGUUUGAAUCUGAAGACUGACAGAGAGGCACCGCUGGGGAAAUAGGCGACGACUUUACACUUAACAUUUUUGGAUCAGACUUUGUGGCAUCAUUCCUGUUGAUUGAAGAUGGUUUGUAGAACAGCCCUACACUAUGCCCUGUUUUGGCUCAUCCUGGCUUCAGCAUCUGCGCAGCUCACUGAAGAUCAGAAGAAAUUGAUUGUGGAUUUGCACAACAAUUAUCGCUCCAGGGUCGAUCCCCAACCUGCUAACAUGCAACGCAUGCUCUGGGAUGACGCAGUUAGUCAGGUGGCAGAGAAUUUCGCCGCACGGUGCUAUUGGGACCACAACCCUAAUGUCAUCGGAGUUCUCGGGGAAAGCCUCUUCAUGACACUCGGACCCCUGACCCUCGACUUUACAAUAGGAUUAUGGUAUAACGAAAAAGAGAAUUAUGACUUUUACACAGACAGCUGUGCUCCAGGGAAACUGUGUGGAGAUUAUACUCAGAUGGUGUGGGCGAACACAACCUUCAUCGGCUGUGCUGCACAGUUUUGUCCUAAGGUUUUGAACUUUGAUGCUGAAAACGCCACAAUCCUGGUCUGCAACUACUACCCUCCAGGAAACAUAAAGGGAGAACUGCCUUACCAGGUUGGAAUGCCAUGCUCAUCAUGUCCGAACACCACGAUUGGAUGCUUGAGCAAUUCAUGUGAUAGAGGAACGACUUUUUCCUCAGGAAUUUCAUCCAACCUCAUAGCAAAUUUAUCUAACAUAGACAAUUUUGCUAGCAUAAGCACACUAAAUUCAGCAGGAUUUACGAAACCCUCAGCAGCUUCCCUCCUGCUUGCUGGUCUGAUGGCGGUUUUCAUUCGAUUGUCAUAAGCAUGAUGUUCUGAAGGUUUCCAGGAGCAAUAAAUCAAGGUCAAGCCCAGGUUACUGAUGAAUAAUUUAUACAUUUACCUUAGGUAUUAGUGUCCUUUAUGUGUUAUGUGUCAUGUAUAUAAUGUCAGUGACUUGGAUUACAAACUCACCCUGUAAAUGUUUACUGUACACAUUUAAUGUAUAAAACGUUCAGAAAUACACUAGUUUUAAAUAUUACGUAUAACCUCACACUUGGUAAAACUGGGUAUUUCACUUCAAGCUCAUUAUUGUUCAGAAUCGUCGUAUUGUUAUAAUUAUUUAUUCUACAAACAUGUCAAUACGUACAUACUUAUAUAUUUAUAUAUGUACAUUAAAUGUAUGUUAUAAACAGAUUGUAUUAUAUUUUAACUUUUAUAUGAUAAAUGGGAAGAAAUGUUGUUUUUGACUGUAAUGCACUGAUGCCAGAAAUAUAAUCCUGAAAAAUAAUUCACUCAGUGAAAUAAAUCAUCUGGAAAUGUCGGGCUACAGAAAGUUCAAUAUCCUCCUAUGUCAUUUUACUACUUUAAAAUUCAUGAUUGUAUUUUACAAUGAUGUAAACUCUUUAUCACUGAGCACUUUUUACCUUAGUACAUGAAAUAAAUGCUGGAAUUAUUGGGAUGCAUUAUUCAUGCUUAAAUAAAUGAUUAAAUUAUUAUUAUUGCUGUAAAAAAUUAUAAAACAUGUUCCAUGUGUGUUUUAUUAGAAUUAAACAAGAAGUACAUUAACAGUCA